AUGAGUGCAGCAUUUAAGGCGUCCAUAGCGGCCUCAGCGGGUCAAGCACAACUUCAGCCAUCGGUUUUUGAUAUCUUGGCCCAGCAGAGUCAGCAACAAUCGCUGAAACCAGCACUCCAAUAUGUUCUGAAAUUCGGAGGGUUGUUUUAUAAAUCGAAGGGAUUCAACUCGUUUAUGAAAUGGUUUGAUGAAUUUUAUGCUGUGGUAAUGCUGGGUAUGGAAAACCAUUUCCUCAAAAAAUAUGGUACGUAUUUUUAAUUUUUGGUCAAUAGAUUGCAAUGAUAUGAUAGAAAAUUUCUAUAAUGUAUAUGUUACAGGCGCCUCUUUCUCCGAAAAUUUUUACUCGAUGAAACGAAUAUUCGACGAUCAAUCCAAGACCUUGCCAUCAGACAGCGAACGACGAAGAAGUUUAUUGUUUUUAGUAGUACUCCCUUACGUUGAGAGUAAAUUGUCAGCGUACAAAACGAAAAUAGAGAAUACUGAUCCAAAUCUCGUAAGUGGCAACUAAAGUGGGUAACUGUCCAAAUACGGAUAUGGGGCUGAAUAGCAACUGACAUAAUAAUGAAAACACUAAGUAUGACCGGGGUCCCCCCUAAAUACUGAACUAUAUGGACCGCAGAAAAAAACUGGCUUGAAUGUAAAAAUAAAUUUUCAAGGCGUGAACUAGGGCUGAAACUAAGCCUUAGUGUAAGCACGCUAAGCCUAAACUAAGCUAAGCUCAGCGUGGUAGGCAAAAAAUUAUUCUAAAUAAAACUUAAUACUGGGCACUUUGCAAGGUAUCUUUGAUGAAAUAAACCGGGGCAUUGUAUGUAGAAAUUCGCGCGGAACCGUAAGCAAAAAACGCAUCUUGGUUUGGUUACUGUAAUUGUUUAAUUCCUCUCUUUGGUUCUGCCUUUCUCUGCAGCCUCCUCCUUUCUGCGAUCUUUUCUGCCAGACAGGAUGUGGCCUUUUUUGUCUGUUUUUGGCCUUAUACCCACAGUCUGGGUUCGCAAAAUAUCAUCAUCUUUAAAUCGUCCUUCUAUAACACAGUUAUUUUUAGCGAACUCCAUUCAUGAAUAUGUUCUACAAGAUCUACCCAAUUUUUGUGAAGAUUCUUGGAAUUAUCAGCUUGGUUUUCCUUGUUUUAUAUGGCUUCGGAUAUUCGAAUAUCCAAUCACUUCCCCUCUUUUUACUAGGCGCGAAACUUCAACGGCUGACGCCUGAGGAGAUGGAAGCUUUUGAGAAGCCAGUGUACAAUGAGAGUGGGUGAGUGGUGAAUAAUCAAGAGGAAUGGGGCAACAGUGUUUUAGGAAGAGUAACUCGCGUUUUUCUGCAAAUUCCAUCCUGGACUGGACGUUUGUUCUCUUAUGUCCUCUUCUUCAAAGACGUUCACGAAUUCAUGCAGACCUCAAACGAAGAAGAAAAUAAGAGUUUUAAAUACGACAUUGACUUUGCAAGACCUGUUCAUCCCUCCAAUGUAAGUGUCGAAAUUAAACCAUCAUUUUAAUGCAAUUCUUUUAUUAUUUUAAUAAAUUUUAAUUCCAGUUGAUCUCCCAAUCCCAAUUAGCCCAAAUGGAGACUGAUAAAUGUCCUCUAUGCCAUAAGAGGCGUCAGAAUGAUACAGUACUCAGUGUUUCCGGUUAUGUUUUCUGCUUCACCUGCAUCAAUUCAUAUGUUCGCUCCGAAAAACGUUGUCCUAUAACGAAUCUCCCCACCUCUCAUGAACAACUUGUGCGUUUAUAUCGAAAAUCUGGUUAA